AUGAUGCGUAUGUUACUAAUCUUGAGUCUAGCGUAUAGGGCGCUUGCGUUUCGAUCGCUCAAUCUAUCACAGCGGCCAUUUACAACGUUGGCAGCUGAACGCGAGAACCAAGGAUUCAAUCCGCUGAAGGACUUUUCUGACAUGAUGACCAACAUGGACUCCGUCAUCGAUGACUUUAUGAACAAACGCAUGGGAAACGGUGAAGUGUUUUACGGUAAACGCAAGUACAAGCCAUCGGGGCGCGAAAAUACAGAGGGUUCCUACAACGGCAUGGGCCUUUCCGAUAAAUUACGCAUUGACGUUACCCGCGAACAGAAAGAAGCCUUUCUGGAGGAAAGACGCCGACAUAUAGAUCAGCAACAAUCAUAA